AUGCCCCCCAAAUCCAAAAAGCAAGACGCCAAACCACAACCAACCCAAAACCAACCCAACUGCCCAAACUGGCCACCCCUACGCCCCCUUCUCCCACCCGCCGAUCUAAGCCUAGAACCCCUCCUCCGCGACCAAAUCUACCUCAUCCGCAACUUCCUUCCAAGCACCCUCUGCAAAACUUACGCCUCAUUCCUAGCCUCACUACCCCUAACCACAACACCCGGUAAACCAAAGAAAGACGAGGCAUUGCGCGUGAAUGAUCGGUUCCAGAUUGAUGAUGCGCGGUUUGCGGAGAUGCUGUGGAGUCAGACUUCUCUGAAGGAACUCGUCACAGAGAGAUCUGAAGAGCUAGAUUAUGAUGAGGAUGUGGACGGGCAUGGAUCACCCGCAGAAAUCGCCGAACGAGCGCAGAGACUUUGGGGCGGGGAACCCUUGGGGUUGAAUGCCAAUAUUCGCAUUUAUCGAUAUACGAAGGGUCAAUUCUUUGGUCAGCAUUACGACGACUCAAACAACAUAACCUUCCCCCCAUAUCCCUCAACAGCCCUCUCACGAGCAACGCCCGCACGAACAACCUGGACCCUCCUCAUCUACCUGACGACCAGCACAGGCGGCGAAACAGUCUUCUACCCGGAAGCGACGCGCGCGAAUCGGAACCCUGAGCCGAUUGUUGUUGCGCCGGAGGUUGGGAUGGCGCUUUUGCAUCGGCAUGGGGAUGCUUGUAUGCUUCAUGAGGGGAUGGAAGUUACGGGUGGGGAGAAGUGGGUUUUGAGGAGUGAUCUGGUUGUUCCGAGGUGA